UUCGACUAACCUCAAAAUAUUUUAUUUAUCGUGUCGGUUCGGAGAAGGUCGUGGACCGGUCCCCGACGAGUUCCGUCCCGGAACUUCGUCUCGGAUGAGUCGUGAAAGGUUUUGAAGCAAAGUGCGCGGCUUAGCGCGUACUUUUAGCGUUCUGAUUCGUUUCGAAUCGAAGUUAUUCGCGAGGCACACGAGGUAUAUGGAUUGUCGUGUACAGUGCACCUCGCGUUCGAAAGAUGGGUCACGGUUCGAGCCGUUCUGCCUCUUCCGCGAAUAUAUUAUCCGCGGACGAGCUGACCUUGGUGGAGAAUUUAUUUAAGUCCAUGUCACGGAGUUCAGGCUCCAUAAAACGCGAGGACAUAUUUAAACACUGGUCAACUCACAUAGACGAUAUAUUAUUGCAAUUUGUGGUACGAUUUCUCUGCCAUGAGCCAGGGAAAAGGGUAUCUGCCAUUAAUGGAGAGAAUUUCGGACGACUGUACGUGUUUGCUGUUCGUGGUAGUCCAGAGGAGAGGACCAGCUUAAUUUUUAACGGUUUCUCCGAAGAGGAACAGAAGCACGAAAUACCCACCUCCAUGUUCCUUCAGUAUGUUCAAGCAACUAUUAAUUCUUAUUUGAGACUGCAGAAGAAUUCUGGGAAUGCGCAUUAUUUAACUUGGAGCAGUAUCGGUUGUACAGUGAAUACCAGGAGAAUAGGAAUGCGCUCUAGAAGUUUGUGCGAAGAUCUAGUCAAACACGGGGAUACUUUAACCGUAGAUCAAAUCGAAAAUUGGUUCUCUAUGGCUGCUACAUUCAAGAUGAUCCAAUCGCACGUCUUCCAGUGCCUUUUCUUGGUCUCCCAGAAGAAAGGGGACAAGAACAGCGGUGCUAGAAUAAACGAUUUGAAUCUCCUACCAAUCUGCAGAGGUUUAGAAAACAUACCUCAUUUCCCCAGCAUUCUUGGACUGGGGGAUGUUCUGUUCUUGAAUUUGAGCUUGCCUCAUGAAGUACGUAACGAAUGGAGAUUUCUGUUUUCCAGCCAAGUUCACGGAGAAUCAUUCUCUACCAUGCUAGGAAGAAUUACCAUGCAAGGAUCUACUAUCAUGAUACUUCAAGAUACCGAUGAUCACGUAUUUGGUGGAUUUGCUUCGGACAGUUGGGCAAUAGGGCCAAAUUUCAUAGGAAAUCAAACUUGUUUUUUGUUCAAAUUAGAACCAGAAAUAUUAACAUUCUCAUCUACGGGUUACAACAACCAUUAUCAGUAUUUAAAUCUUCACCAACAAACUAUGCCUAACGGUAUGCUGAUGGGAGGACAACUGAACUAUCCUGGUUUAUGGUUGGACUGCGAGUACGGGACAGGCAAAUCCAGCUUAUCGUGUACAACCUUCCAGAACUAUGUGCAGCUCAGUGGCAAGGAGAACUUCAAGAUCAAACACUGCGAGGUGUGGGGUGUAGGUCCAAUACCAGAGGCAGAGGAAGACACGCGCGACUCGAAAUCGGUUCUGGAUCAAGAUCCCACUUCGAAAAUGUUACUACAAAUGUCUGGACGCAAGAUGUACUCCGAGAACUUAGAGAAAGUAAAAGAGUAAUCGCGAGGUCACAUGUCAGGCUAUUUCGAGUAUAACAACAGCUUUCUAGGACAAGAGUCAUUGUAAAACAGUGUCUGUAAUGCGAUGAGAUAUAAAUAAUAAUGUUGUUUCA